ACACCGCACACCGUCCCCGCAGAGUCGCAGCCAACGGCCACCACUUCUCGCCCAGUCAAAGUGACACAGAUCUUUUCAGCACCAUCACCACCACCCAUAGGUAGCCAUGCCUUUCGGCGCUUACCCCGACCUCGGGUCCCCGGGCGCCAGGCUCGUGUUCUCGCUUACUGCCUGGGCGUGGGUGCAGUAUCCGACAGACUGGCGAGGUCGGCCAGACGGGCCGGGUGCGCCGGGGCUUACGGGCCGGGGGGUCGUGUUAGGUAAGAGGGUGUCGGCGGAGACCGGGCCGUGGGGUGGGUGGGGGUGCUUAGUGUGGUUGUUCCGGGAGCGUGGGGGGAGUCGUUUGUGUUGAGGUUGAGAAAGUUGGGUUGGUGAAGAGGAAUAUGUCUAUGUUAGAGGUUAGGUUGAUUCGUGC